CUCGGGCGUUCGGAGCGGUCGUUUGAACCCUCUUCAAACAGAAGGCUUGGCAUCUCCAGUAGUGGAGUUUCCCACGAAGCCAUACCCCAUCUCUUCUUUGUUUCUGUCGGUCCCGCGAAGCGAGAGCCAUGUUGCAGUGUAUUUUUCUUCUUUCUGAUUCUGGAGAGGUAAUGCUGGAGAAACAGCUCACCGGACACCGGGUUGAUCGAUCCAUAUGUGAUUGGUUCUGGGAACAGACUGUCUCCCAAGCUGAUUCAACCAAGCUUCCACCAGUAAUUGCUUCACCAACACAUUACAUUUUCCAAAUUACUCGUGAGGGAAUCACAUUCUUAGCCUGCACCCAAGUUGAAAUGCCUCCUUUAAUGGGCAUUGAGUUUCUUUGCAGAGUCGCAGAUGUCCUGUCAGAUUAUCUUGGAGGGUUGAAUGAAGACGUGAUCAAGGAUAACUUUGUGAUUGUCUAUGAGCUUCUGGAUGAGAUGAUAGACAAUGGCUUCCCUCUGACAACAGAACCUAACAUUCUAAGGGAGAUGAUCGCUCCACCAAAUAUUGUUAGCAAAGUAUUGGGUGUUGUGACUGGUAACAGUUCUAAUGUAAGCAACACUCUUCCAGGUGCAACAGCAUCUUGUGUUCCAUGGAGAAGUACAGAGCCAAAGCAUGCAAACAAUGAGGUUUAUGUUGAUCUUCUUGAAGAAAUGGAUGCAGUCAUAAAUAGGGAUGGGAUACUGGUGAAAUGUGAGAUAUAUGGAGAAGUGGAAGUGAACUCCCACCUUUCUGGCCUUCCUGAUUUAACACUCUCAUUUGCAAACCCUUCCAUUCUGAAUGAUGUGAGAUUCCAUCCUUGUGUUCGGUUUCGGCCAUGGGAAUCAAAUAACAUUCUCUCAUUUGUGCCUCCUGAUGGACAGUUUAAGCUCAUGAGUUACAGGGUCAAAAAGUUGAAGAGUACCCCGAUAUAUGUAAAGCCACAGCUAACAUCAGACGCUGGGACAUGUCGACUCAGUGUGUUGGUUGGCAUACGAAGUGAUCCUGGAAAAACAAUUGACUCAGUAACCGUCCAAUUCCAACUACCUCCUUGUAUUCUAUCAGCAAAUCUGUCUUCCAAUCAUGGAACAGUCAGCAUCCUUGCCAAUAAGACCUGCUCUUGGUCCAUUGGGCGAAUUCCCAAGGAUAAAGCCCCUUCACUGUCUGGAACCCUAACACUUGAGACAGGUAUGGAGCGCCUUCAUGUAUUUCCCACAUUCCAAGUGGGCUUUAGGAUCAUGGGAGUUGCUCUCUCUGGCCUGCAAAUAGAUACAUUGGAUAUAAAGAAUCUACCAAGUCGCCCAUACAAAGGUUUUCGAGCUCUCACACAGGCAGGUCAAUACGAAGUAAGGUCAUAGCUUUCAACUCUCUGUUGAAGUUAAUUUUGAACCAUGCUGCUUCUGGAUUGUAUUGUUUGUUGUUGUCCCAUGUUAUAAUGCACAGAUGAAGAAUUUCACAUAUCUUUCUUGAAUGAAAUUUUUUAUAUGGUUUUUUUUUUUGUUGGCA